AUGUCGGGUGAACCAGCUGCCAAGAAGGCCAAAUUGGACUGGGGCCUGACCGAUCCUGCUGAACCGUUGACUCGAAAGGAUGUUAUCGCAUUUCAGAAGGAAGCACUUUUUAGAGCGCUUAACAAGCACCGUACGCGUGCCGCAAGUCUCGAAACGCAGUUGGGAAAGGGCCAUGAUAAUUUGACACAGCUACGUGAGCAAUAUGCCCGCGUUUGCGCGACCUUGAGCGUCUUGGCCGCUAAAUUAGGCAAGCUUUGUAAAGAUGACGUGGAUGCCCAGAAACUAUGUGAUAGCAUUGUACAAGGCGUAGAGACCAACGUCGCAGAUGUUGCCGAGCAGCUAGCGGUAUUAUUCGACAGAUAUGCCGGUGGUGUGGGCGAAGACUCGAGCUUGACGUCCCAUUUCCAUGCGCUCGAGAAAUCCAAGCAAGCGCUUUCUACACACAACCAACAGCUCCAGGAAGAGCUUGGUGCGGUAAGGGACCAUUACCAAACCCUCAUACGGCGGUAUGAUCGUGAUGAUAGCGAAACCUUGAAGAGAGUGCUGAAAAUCAAGAAUGAUAGCGACCCAGUAAAAGCUGAUUCGCCUCCGGCUGCUCCAGAAGCUGCUGUCGCCACACCUGAUUCGAGUUCUAAAGCGGAUACUUGUAAGGAAGAAGAGUCUAAUCAAAUUUCAAGCAUAGAACAUGAUUUGCAAGUUCAAGAUCUCAGUAACCAAAUAGAAGCUCUGAGAAAUACGAUCAACGAUUUAGAGAAUUGGAAAUCAAGGCGGGAAAAUGAGAUAUUGCAAUUACGGACAGAUCUAGCCAAUUCCAAAAAUAAUGCUACAGAACAACAUCCUGAGGGAAGCCUUGACCGAGACUAUCUAAUGCGUCGCUUAGAAACGCUGCGUGAAGAGAACGCUUCGCUAAAUCAAACCAACGGAUCGUUCCUGGCUAAGUUUCAGCAACUGGUGCAGGACAAGGAGAUUUUCACCAAUAAGUUGACGGUGGAGUUUCAAACCGCCCAAGAUGCUCUAAAGAAGCAUAACGCCAUGUUGGAAAAAGAUUUAGUGAGAAUAAGGAAUGCACGGGACGAAAUGACAGGGAAGAUGGCCAUUUUGGAAAAACAGAAAGGCAAGUCCGACCUUAUUGAAGAUUUGCAAAAGAUGAUGGAUCUACAAACCGACAGAAUAGAUAAGUUGGAAAUUAAAGAAACAGAGCCUUCCAGGGAUGUACUGACGAAAGAGCUUCAAGAUCUUGAAAGUGCUUAUAGGGAGCUCUCGAAACUUGCACACAAGAAAUACUCAGACCAUUUGACUCAAGAGUCUGUAUUAGCCAAACUCACAGUAGAGAAGACAAAGGCAGACCAAAAAUACUUCGCGGCAAUGAGGUCCAAAGAUUCCAUUUUGAUUGAAAAUAAAAAUCUUACAAAAAAUCUCACAAAAUCCAACGAGCUUAUCGUGCAGCUGAAAGAGAUCGAGCGUAGUAUGCAAGGAAAGAUUGAAAGCUUGAUCAAACAAAUACAUAUUCACGGGUCAAAUGAAAAGCGUCUAGUCGACGCAAACAAAAGCACCUCCAUCAAGCUUAUGGAUGUCACUUCUGCUCUGAGUAAAUCCAAAAAAACUAUAGAGUCAUUGAAUCAGGACAAAUCUGAUGCUGUCGAAAAAUUGACGAAUUUUGAGCUCCAGAUUCAUUCUGCAGAGAGUGAAAUAAACGCUUUGAAGCUUCGGCUUUCUCAAGAAGAGGCCAAAGCUACAAAGUUGCAUAAGGCCCUGAUAUCUUCUGGUGCUAGCGAUACGUCCGUUAUUGCCGAGGAGCUGGAGAAUUUCAGAACGAUUAUAUAUUGUUCUUUGUGUUCUAAGAAUUGGAAGAACACUGCCAUAAAGACGUGCGGACAUGUCUUUUGUGACCAGUGCUGUAAGGAAAGACUUGCUGCUAGGAUGCGCAAAUGUCCUAUUUGCCGUAUGCAGUUUGGAACUCAUGAUUUGUUGGAUCUUCAUAUGUGA